CUCUCUUUCUCAUUUCCUCCUUUACAAGAAACCAACAUCAAGAAGAUGUCUGACGGUCUUUGCAUUGUGGGUUCAUUGUUUGGAUCUGCAGAAGGACAGCAAGAGUGUGGUUCCUGUUAUGUUAUAAAUAUGGGGUCCAUAAUGGGCAUUAUUGCCUCUGAUAUUAUCUUGACUAUCCUUAUCACCAUUUCUGUUUUCUGCUUCGCAACUCACCAUAAGAGAAAGAGGGAAUGGGAAUCUCGUGAUGGAAAAAGAAAUCCACCAUUGUCAAUAUCAAAGAAAAUGGCAACAGAGGUCGUAGAAUCCCCCUACCAGGAGUUACAUGGAGUCCAGUCAGAUGUGUACAGUGAGCUUCGGCACUUUAGGAAAUGAAACAAAGGAACUAUAAAAAUCCCAACAAUG